UUUCACAUUCAACCAGCCAGUCACCAACUCUGAAGGCAAUGAUGAAGAUAAACAUUGAAAAACACUCAAGCAAAUUCAUAAAACCCUUAGUUCCAACUCCUCCAACCCUACGUUAUUACAAAAUUUCCUUCUUUGAUGAGUUAGCCCCUUCCAUGGAUAUAGGCGUUGUUCUUUUCUUCUCCAAAAAUAACAAUGACCUCAACAUAAAGUUUGUUACACAGCUAGAACAAUCACUUGAAAAAACUCUAUCACGAUUUUACCCUCUAGCCGGUAGGUAUGUCAAUGAAACGUACACCAUCGAUUGCAAAGAUGACGGUGUUGAGUUCAUACAUGCCAAAGUUAACAUCAAACUGCAAGAUAUUAUUGCGAACGAAAAGAAUAGUAAGCUUGUGGAUAAAUUUAUUCCACCCAAGACCGGGGAAGCUAACUUGUUACUUGCAAUUCAAGCAACCAUGUUCGAGAGCGGAGGUGUAGCACUUGGUGUACGUGCCGCACACAGGAUUGUUGAUGCCUCCACUCUAUGUACAUUCCUAAGCGAAUGGGCCGCUAUGAACCGAGAAGAACAUAUUGAAAUUACCGGGCCGGGUUUCAACACAUCCUCAUUAUUUCCGGGUCGUUGUUUUUCGCCCGGUCCACUACAACCUAUAAGUGAUGAUGACAUGUCAACCAAGUAUAUCAGAAAGUUAUAUUCAUUCAGUGAGAGUGCAAUAUCAAACAUGAAAGUAAAGGCCAAUACUAGCACGUGCCAUCACCAUUGGUCAAAGGUACAGUUGGUCUCAGCCGUGAUUUGGAACGCUCUCAUUGGUGUUGAUCGUGCCAAUAAUAAUCCAAGAGAGUCUGUACUCGUCCAACCAGUAAACCUUAGGGGAAAAACAGCUUCGUUAAUCCCUAAACAUUCUUGUGGGAAUUUGUGCGUCUUUUGUGCCACUGAAGCCGGGGUCAUUGAAACAACUGAAGAAUUGGCAAAUCGUUUAACUAAUAACGUCAAGGAAAUGAUACAUAACUUCUCAAAGGUAGACCACAAUUCUGAAGAAGGACAAUUGCGUGUUUUGAAUUCUCUCUCACUACCCAACAUUAGGGAAUCAACUAAUCUGAUCACGAUAUCUAGUUGGUGUAAGUUUCCUUUUUAUGGAAUUGACUUCGGUUUAGGGACGCCAACUUGGAUAGCCCCCUGGAGUAUGCCUAUGGUUAAUACCACGUGUUUGAUGGACGAAGCGCGGGGCAAUGGAGUUGAUGCACAUGUCUUUAUAGAAGUUAAAGACGUCCCAUAUUUUGAAGAAGCUCUACGACUGCAAGUUGGUUCUUUUGCUGCUUAAAUCUAUGUUUUUCAUUUGUUUGAUGAUCGGUUUUGUAUUGCUCAAGCUUUUGCAUUUCUUGUAAGAAAGUAAAAAUACUUUAAUGCUGCUUAAUAUGUAUGGCUUACUAUUCGGUUAUACGCUAUGAGUUUAGUUUGAUGUAUCUAUUUGUAUA